AGAACGUAAGCAAACGUCACCGGAUAUGCUGCAGAGCGGGAAGUUGAACGGGCGGAAAAAUAACAAGCGCCCAACUGAGCAAAGAUGGGAGACAGGACCCUGCUGCGGGAGCUAAAGCGGUGGGCGAUUGAAGAAUUUAAUCUACCAACCCAAAGUCUCCCAAACGACAACUACUUUAAAACGUUAUGUGUUGGCCCGGGUGCCUCUAUAUGGAGAUAUGUCACACAACAUAUUUUCAAUCAGAGGAAUGUAAGGAUUAUGCGUGGAAAUCUCCGAUGGUACAAAGUUCUGCACGAUAAGGAGUUGAAACAAGUAGUGGGGCAGAGUGAUGCUGCUAAGCGGUUUGAGCUUCAGGAGCAGAUAGAUGAGCUGAGAGGAGAACUAAACCACCUGGACUCUCAAAUCAAUGGAACUGAAGCACAGCUGGUUACUGAGGAGGAGUCCAUUAACCGGAGCUGGGAGAUGGUGGAGGAGAACCAAUGCAGGGAGCUGCUUUUACAGGCUUUUAAGCAGCGCUGCAUGAAGGAGCGCCACUCUCUUUCAGAGGAUAUCCUCAAGAUCAGUGGGCACUCCCAGGUUCUGGAGCAGCUGUCUAGGAGGGCAGAGGUGAAGGUGGUGUUUGGAAAUGAAACCUCCAAUAGCAGUGGGGACCAUCUCAACCCAUCAGGAGCAGAGCCUAAGGUUCUGCGUAACAUCCGAGAGUUGUGUGAUGAAAGACUCAAGUUCUUCCAGUCUUUGCAAGAGAGUGAACUGAACAUGACAUCUUCCACUGCCACACACUUGACACGUGAACAGAGAACUGCAGUAUUUCAGCAUUGGUUAAGUGCUGUGGAGGACUUGUUGCAAUGCUAUCCUCCGAACCAAGUGCUGUCAGCCUUGCAGUACCUGGCCUUGGGACAGGAAAUGGCAUUGGAGGAGAUGCUUGCCUCUUUGGGUAUGGCUCGUGAUGUUGCUGCAUUACGGUUUCGCUACGAGAGUAAUCACCUGCUGGACAUCUCAAAAGAAGAGGAAGAGCUACCAACCGUUAAGAGUCUUUUACAGUCAGCUUGGGAGGAGGUGGAACAGAGUCUGAUGGAACUGGCUCAGGCACGGUCACGAAUUCAACAGCUCCAGACCCAGCUUCAUACCCGAAAGAAAGAGGCACAUUUAGAGCUGAUUGGCAGGGAAUCUCAAACCGACGCCCUGUCACUUUCAGUGUUUAAGCUGGAGAUGCAGUGUGUGAUUCAGGCAGCAGUGAGAAAUGGUUUGCGGGACCAGUGUGUUCAAAUGGAGCAGCAUGCCAGCGACCGACAGGAGGACCUCCGCAACCUACGGAGCCAAUGGCAAAACAUCAUGGACUUCAGACAGCUUGGGGAUGUCAGGCAGGAACAGAUAAGCGGUCUGAUCAAGGGGAACUCAACAGCUAAGACUGAACUGACUCGUGUGCACAAGGAGAUUGGACAGUUUGUUCAGGGAAAGCUGGUUCCCCAAUUUGCUAAAGUUCUUUCAGCGGCCAAUAGGCUUCGCAACUCUGUGUCCCAAGAGGCCAGACAGUUUGGGAACGUGUCACUGUUGACACUUGACCGCAGGAUCAUUGAAGGUGAGCAGAGAAUUCCAGCAUCGUGGUUGUCUAUCCAUCGCUUGCAUUCCUUGCCCUUCCACAAUCUGUGUCAAAGCCUGGCUUUCCCAAUGUAUCGAGCCCCUGAGGAACUGUACACCCAAGCUCUAUCCCAGCAUCUGGAGCUUCGAUUUCUGCGUCGUUUGCUGCAAUUGCACUCCUCCUCUUUAACAAAUGUAGAGAAGCAGGGAGCGCUGCUUCCUGCACCUGACCAACAAGCCCUCCUGCUACGUGUCCUGGAGGAAGACAAGGAGCUGCUUAAGUUUUUAUUGCCCAAGGUUUGGGAGCUUACCCAGCGCUGCUCACAGGGCCUUUCUUAUGGGUAUCAGGUCAAGAUUGCCAUUUCCCAUUGGUGGGAUCAGCCUGCUCAGUUUGCUCUGCCUGACAUACGCAAGGGGGGACUGACUUUUCAGCAGUGGCUACAGAGGUGGAAAUUUGCAGCUACGGCUUCUUGAUGAGCUCCCUAGAAAAUAAAGACAAGACUGAAGUGCAUAGAUACCCAGCAAACAGGAUGUCCAGGAGACCAUGACACAACCUUCCAAAGUUCUGGGGACAUCCAUACGACUAAUUUCUGUUUGCAGGGUAUGCACCAAGGUGAAUUUUAGAGAACAAUACUGUUCUUUGUAGUACUAAAACUACAAUUUUAUUCCCACUGACAUUAAUUGACAAUGUUGUUUGUUUCUCAUCUUCUUUUUGCUAAACAUGAUGCCAUUCAAUUUGUAUCACACGUACAUUUCUAUGGUCUUUAUGCCAUUAAAUGAACUUUGCCUGUA